AGCAAGCGUAAGCCGCCCACCGCCGGCCGCCCACCGCUGUGCCCAACAAUGGCGAGUCUUGACGCCGCCUACGACUCCGACAGCGACUCGCACGGCGAGGCCACCUUUGCUGUCAAGGGCCGAAGACUCUCGCUCGAGGAGGUGCUCGCCGAGGUUGAGAACAAGCCGCCUCCGAUCGGCAGCGGCGGCGACGAGUUUGCCUCGCCGCGGCAGCGCUCCGCCUCGCUCGUCAACCCGCCCAAGCGCAAGAGCCUGCUCGAGCAGAUCGACACCGACUUCCCGGGAACCCGCUCCUCGCAGAUGGCACGGCGCUCUCUGCCGGGCGGCGACCGCUCGUCCGCUGGCGGGACUGAGCGCCGCUCCUCGCAGGCCGCGGGCGGCGCCGGGCGCCCACCGCUCGAGAGCCUGGUCGUGAGCGACGCGGCGCAGGACCCCGCGCCGGCCGCGAGUGCCGAAAAGCCGGUCGCGGCGACGCCGCGCCGCCCGACGCCGCCGUCGCCUGCUGACGCUCGCGAGCAGAUGCGACGCGUGGCGGCGGCGGCGGCCGGGCCGCACGGCCUGACCAGCGUAUGGACGCAGCCCGUCGCGUGCUCGCCGCGUGCGCCGUCUCAGCCCAUGGUGCCUCCCGCGGCUUCGCUGACCGCGCCCUCUCCGGCGACCCGGACGCCACGCCGGCGCGGGAGGAAGAACCGGCCGCCGACGCUCGACUCGCCGAUGCUCUUCUCGCCCGACGACAGCGGCGCGCCGCGCUGGCCGCUGCCGCCGACGCCGCAGUCCGAGUGGUCCGGCUUCCUCCCCGCCUGGAGCGAGUGGGCGGGCGAGUCGGUCGGCUGGGCCGAGCCCAUCUCCUCGCCCGGAGGAUGGACGGCUGUCGACGAGCACGGCUCCCCGCUCAUGGCCAUGUCGCUGGACUCGCCAGUGGAGAUGGCGCCGAUGGCGGCCGAGAUGCCCGGCCCGAUGCGGGGCGCGCAGAUGCGGGUGCUGCCGCAGCAGCCGAUGCAGAUGCCCAUGCCGAUGAUGCUGCCGCAGCAGUAUGUCCUCGUUGCGCCGCCGCAGCAGCAGCAGCAGUUUGUGGCGGCGAUGCCGUACCCGAUGCAGAUGCACGGCUUCAUCCCGAUGGGCCAGCCCAUGGCGUGGCAGGCGAUGCCGCCGCAGGCGAUGCCGCAGCAGCAGCCGCAGCAGCCGCAGCAGCAGCAGCCGCAGCAGCUGCAGCAGCCGCCGCAGCAGCCGCAGCAGCAGCCGCCGCCGCAGCGGGGCACGUCCUCGCCGCCCGGCGCCACGGCGGGCGGCAAGGUGCCGUGGGGCUCCCUCGUCGCCACCGCGAUGGACCCCAAGGGGUCGAGGGAGCUGCAGCAGCUGCUGCCGAAGCUGUCCAAGGGGCAGCUGGCGCGCGCGCGCGACGAGCUGGCACCGCACAUGCACGCGCUCUCGAGGCACACGUUUGGCAACUACCUUGUGUCCAAGCUCGCGCCGCUCGCGCCGAUGCACGCCGCCCUCGCGGCCGCCUUCCGCGGGCGCGUCGUCGAGCUCCUCUGCCACGCGCAGGGCUCGCGCGUCGUUCAGGCCUACCUUGCCGCCGCGGCGCCAGCCGAGGCGGAGUCGCUGGUGUCGGAGCUCGACGGGCACGUGGUGGAGUGCGCGCUCGACACGCACGGCUCGUGGGGCGUCUGCGUCGCCUACAGCGCCACGCACGCCCCCUUCCUGCUGCGCCAGAUCUCGGCGAGCGUCGUCCAGCUCUCCCUCGAGCAGCACGGCUGCCGCGUCGUGCAGUCGGUCCUGCAGGAGGCGGGCAACGCGGGCGUCGACUGCUCAGCGGCGGUCGGCCGCAUCAUCGGCGGCGGGCUCGAGGAGCUCGCCCUCCACCGCUUCGCAAACUACGCCGUCCAGGUCGCGCUGCGCCAGUGCGGCGCCGCCCAGCGCGAAGCGAUGCUCGGCGCGCUGAUGCCUCGGCUGCUGCCGCUCUCGGCGAGCAAGCACGGCUCAAAUGUCGCCGAGGUGGUGCUCUCGCUCGCGUCGGGUCCGCUGCUCGACGCCGCCGCCGAGUCCAUCUUUGGCGCCGGCGAGCCCGCCUCCGCGGCGCUGCGGCAGCUCGUCGAGCACCAGUUUGGAAACUACGUGCUGCAGACGCUGCUGCGCCGUCUCGCCGACGGGCCACGCCGCGCCGCCGCGCUCGCAAAGGUGCGCGAGGCGACGACGGCGACCAACUUUGGGCGCUCGAUCCUCUCCCGAUUGGGCGAGGCCGAGGCGGCGUGAGCGGCCCGCCGCCUCCGCACUCUAAACUCUGUUCUGUGCGCUCGCGCAUCUGGGCCGCGGCACUGUCGUUCUUGUCCCAUGUCUGUGCGCUCGCCCACCUCACUCGUUGGAUAGUGGUGAGGGAGAGCGCGAGGGGGCACUUCGGCGGGAGGGAAGGGUGCCUCGAGGACGCCGAUCGCUCUCGCCGGGAAGGGGGGGGGGGGGGGCUUGGGACCCGCGGCGCGGAGGGGGGGCGUGUGUGGGAUCUCGGUUUGUAGUCUCCGCGUAUCUGAAUCUGUGUACAU